AUGCGUCAACUUUUGCCUGAUUUCACGGAACGAUGGUCGAAAACAGCGUCUAUUGAACGACAACCUUAUGUGCCUGAAAAACCAUCGGAUAGUGUACUCAAUGGUGAUUCGACAGAUAUUGUAAAAAUCUUUUGCUCGAUACGUAUGUAAACUAUUACCUCGAUAAAAGCCUCGUACAAUAGCAUUGUUUCUCUUCAAUAUAUGACGAAUGGCGAGAAGAUUUUCUUUAUGGUGGCGAGCUAAUUCUAGGCUUUGUUCGUUCAUGGGUCGCGAAUCGAGGGUACAAAUGACAUAAGUAAGAUCGUUCCAAUCCAUACUGUCCAGAUUGGGAGGCGCUCGGCGAUGAAAGGAUAAAUCUUCAUCAUCGAUAUCGAUCUCAUAAUUCGCAUCCUGUUGCAGAUCGUCAACUGAACUAAAGCCGACGGAGCUACCCUGAAUUCUCGACGAUUUCGACUCGAGUUUUCAAAAACUCUGUUGUUUCGCCGGUAUUCAGAGUCACGGCUGUUUGAGCGAUUCUCCCAAACUGGCUCGGCUUUGCACCUAUGCGAUUCAUCGGUUGUCUGUCCUGAUUGGGUAUCUGGAGCACAGAUGUUCGGUGGAGUACCAUCGGAGUAGAAAGCCUGCGAGUUUGGCAUCCAAAGACCAAAACUCCCACUUCCGUCCUUAUACAGACGAAAAUUACCAGCCGAUGUCGUACGAGUUAGGUCAGUGCUAGUCCAGAUGGCCAGUGGCUGACCCUUGUAUCAAUUGUGCGGCUUGGAGUGGAGCUGUAGGGUCCCUGUUUUCGAUGCCAAACACCUCGAGUGCCUUUGGAGCGUCUCGAGUGUCUGUAGACAAUGGUUGUUGUUGUUGUUGGCUUGAUGCUGACAUGUUCAAUGAAAAAUAAUGAGAGUAUAAGACAAAUGAAUAAAUGGUUCAUAAACGAGAGGUGGAUGACUAUUUAUAGUAAGUACCAUUCCCUCGUAUUUUUCUGCACAAUGAUUCUAAGACAAAGAGUCUAUUUUAUUUCGUCCGUUUGAGUCUCUCAUUCUCUUGUCUAAUGAAUUCUCAUUCUUGUAUAUACAAAACCUGAGAUACCUCGAUUAGUGUAUAUUCUGGCUUCUUUGAAGGUGCCCCUCUCCAGUUUUUAUGACAGUCUGAAGUACACAAGUUGUACUAUAUAAAGAGAUCAUAUGAAUAAGUUAUUCAUAUGAUCUCUUUAUCUAUAUAAUUAAAUCUUUUGACAAAGAGAUAAAAUAAAUAGACGAACAAUGAAAUUGUUUUACGAAUUGCCAUCUGCUUUAUUUCUUAGAUGUAUCGUCUGGUAAAUUCUAGAUUUUAUGAACAAAGAUCAAUUUAUUAACUAUGAUCGGCCGUCUGCUUUUUGGUACAGUGAAAAAUAAGACAGUAUGUGGAGACAUCGUAGAUGUCGUACGUCCGUUAUCGCAGAUAUAUCUGCAUUAGUGUGUACGCUUAUUGCCGUACGCUUUUGAUUGGCGUGCCUAUGUUAUGGCUGUAGGCCAUUUUGUCGGGUAAAGGUAAAAUGCAGAUUUUUUUUGCAGAUUGCAGAUGCAGAUCUGGCUUUCAUUGGUUAGACUAAUUUUCUCCAAAAAUACCAUUAUUUUUAAAGACUAAUUACAUUUUCGCCAUGUUUCUUUCAAAAAACAUUAAUUUGAACAUAAAAUGACGCUUUGAUUCUCAAAAACUAAAGGAUGUCGCUAUGAAUCACGAAGACAACUCGUCCUGAACAAGACUUUCUGUAAGACAAGUCGACUCAGCUGGCAGGGCAAGUUGAUUCGUCCUACUUGCUUCUUUUUUUUCCGUUGAGAAUCAGAGGGAAAGAAGUUGCUCAUGAGACGAGUUGACUCAUCGUUAGGACCCACGCCGACUCAUCCUACUGAGAAAUAUUUGAGAAGUAUCUUUAUCAGCGUUGCCAGAUGAUCCGCACUUUACGGACAAACUCCAGAUUUUUGAGAUUUUUCAGCAAUUUGUUGGAAUUUUUAGCAUUUUCUGCUUUUGCGGUUUCUCCCUCAGUUAAAAAUUCGUUUAAACUCAUCAUUAUCAUGCGCUGAAAUUGAUAAUUAUUUCUUAUCAACGCCAGAACUGCUUGAACUUAUUCAUUAUAAUAAAACAUAUACAGUCAAAAAGCAACGUGUCAAUUAAAAUAGAGAUUUACAUUUCUGUUUGUUGUUAUUGAGUAAAACCACGAAGUGUCGGAGAAAACAUUUUUUGACUCUGUGCGCGUGAAAAAAGGAUGAAAUUAGAUCAUGAAAAUGUGUUUCCGUUUUUUUUCCGCAAUUUGAAAUUUUUAUUCCGCAUUUCUGAUCUGAGCAUCUGGUAACUCUGAUCCUAAUCAUCAAAAUAAUUUGGCACUGCUGAUGGCUCAACUAAUCCUCAGAGGACGUGUUGACUCAUCGUCAAAUCAAAGAGAAAGAUUUGAGGUAUAAACGAGACUGAACACGAAGAACAGUUUCGCUGACUCUGUUUUCCCGCUGAGCAACGUUGGGCAAGAGACUGCACCAUAUGACAGAAUAUAGUGAUAUUGCGAGUUCAACCAGUUGUCUCCUUAAGAACAGCUUCGUGUUUAUUAACAAAUAGAAAGUUACACAAAAAAAAUACAUUUAACCAUGAGUCGUGGUUAUUACAUUCGUUUUGGUUAUUAGAUUAGAAACCUGAGACCAGUUUCUUAAAAAAACUUAAGCAAAACUUAAGUGAAAAAUUCGUUUUAAGUCAAAAUUUUAGCUAAGUGUGUUUCUCAAACAUUACUUAACUUAAGUCACCUAUCAAUCUCACUAAGUUUUCACUUAAACUUUUAAUUAGAAAAUUGGUUAGAUUUUGUAACUUCUUUAUUUGAAGUGAGUAACCC